AUGCCUCUACUCAGCCUGAUGCCUCUCUUCAGCCUGAUGCCGGUACGCAGCCUGAUGCCUCUCUUCAGCCUGAUGCCUGCCAGUUGACUCGAUGCCCGCUGUUGAUCCAGAUGAUCCGGUACCUGAUCCGGUGCCCGCUGUCGAGCCAAAUGACCUGAUGCCUGGUGACCCAGUGCCCGCUGUCAUACCUGGUGACCCGAUGUCCGCUGUCGAGCCAGACAAUCCGGUACCUGAUGACCCGCCCACUGCCUUGCCAGAUGACGCGGUGCCCGCUGUCGAGCCAAAUGACCUGAUGCCUGGUGACCCGAUGCCCGCUGUCCAGUCAGACGACGAUCCAAUGUCUGACCCAGUGCCCGCGGUCAUACCAGUUGACUCGGAGCCCACUGCCUUGCCAGAUGACGCGGUGCCCGCUGUCGAGCCAAAUGACCUGAUGCCUGGUGACCCAGUGCCCGCUGUCCAGUCAGACGAUCCAAUGUCU